AUGUCCCACAAAAAGUCUUCAGUGGUGACAGGUGACGUGGAGAGCCUGCGGAGGAGAUCCGCGGCUGAUAAUCAAGACAACUAUGCAGAUCCUGAGCAGCAUCACCGGUUUCCAAGGCGACAUUCCCAUACUGAUAGGCUCUGUGUUGGCUCGCAGCAUCCAGAACUAGGCACAGCAGAGACGCCUUCCCCAGAUGCUUCUUCCCACCACUUUUGCCAGUAUACACCCAAAUGUUUCCUCACUGUGCACAGAGGAGCCCAUGGCACCUCAGCACGGUCAACUCCAUCAAUAUAUGCAGAGGAGGGUUGGGAGGAAGGCGCUUCUAAGACCACAAUCAGAGCUGAGAAUGAGGUGGAAGCCCACAGGGAGGCCAACAACUACAGGUUUGGCUUCAGAAAAUGGAAGGCCAAUCUAACUGAAAAGCCUAUUGAAGACAGAUCAGACAUCGUCAAGGAGCUCUACUCUGAUCUGAGCAUCGUUAAGCCUCAACAAGGCUCCAUUAUCACAUUCGGGAACAUAAUUUAUGUGUUUUUAUUUGGAUGGUGGGUCUCUUUAAUCUACAUCAUCAUGUGUCCUUUGAUGUUUCUUACAAUCUUCGGUGCCCCUUAUGGCAGACUUUGCUUAAAAAUGGCUUGGUACUUCAUUUGGCCAUUUGGGAAGUCAGUAGAGAAGGCUGGUGACGUAGUGAAGAGAUCCAUUGUGAAGCCCCCAAAAUGUGAGGUAAUACCUGAAGAGAGGGACUCUGAAGACAAUAACGAUCUUGUCAGGAAUAAGGACUGUGCGCCCCUUCUGAUGUCUUCCCCCAUCCCUGUUGAGAUCCCUGUCCCAGAGCUACCAGCCAGAAAUAUUUCAAAGCACUGGUGUCGCAUAAGCACUUUUAUUUGGCUGUUACUGGGCUAUCCUGUCCUGGCUAUGGUCCAUGCCCUGGCCUGUGCACUCUCCUGGCUGCUGGUCUUCACUAUUCCUGUAUCCAAGAUGAAUGCUCGCACGCUGAGCAUUGUUCUGCUCAUGGCACCAGAGGAUGUUCAGAUACACACACUAGAAAAGGCGCGUGGCUGUGAGACCAGAGUAAUCUUGUGCUGUUACCAAGCUUUCAAUGUGUAUUACUACAAGUACACUAUCCAAGGAAUCAACAUUUUUGCUCUCAACCUGCUUCCCUUGGUAUUAAUGACUCUUAUUAUCGGCUAUACUGACCACGAACACAAUCACCUCAGUUCAGAAACAAAGUUUGUCAUGGCCAUCAUCUCCAUCAUUCCUCUGUCCUACUAUAUUGGCAUGGGCAUAGCCAGUUUUUCUGCACAGAGUAACUUUGCAGUGGGAGCGGUGGUAAACGCAACUUUUGGCUCCAUCACAGAGAUGACGUUCUACAUCACAGCACUGCUGCAGGGACAGCGUGCUGGUACCAAAUGUUAUGAAGAAAUUGUCAAAGCGGCCCUCACCGGGACCUUGCUGGGUUGUAUACUGUUCAUACCUGGUAUCUGCAUGAUCAUCGGGGGCAUAAAACACAGAGAGCAACGAUUUAACAGUCGUUCGGCCGGAGUGAGCUCUGCUUUGCUCUUCAUAUCAAUAGGAGGUGUGUUUGCUCCCACGCUCUUCUCAAAGACCUUUGGUAAUCUGGUAUGUGAGAGCUGCACCAAUAUUCCCGGCAAUACCAGCGUGCCCUUCAUCUGCAAGGAUUGUCACUAUGACACGAGUCAAACUGACCCACAUUUGAUUCUGUCCCAUAUUGAAGCACUGGUGUACACUAUUUCUGUGCUGCUACCUGCUGCAUACCUGAUAGGCCUCAUCUUCACACUGAAGACCCACUCCCACAUCUAUGACAUCCAUAUCAGCGAUGGCCAAGGGGGCCAUGCACACGGUCAUCAUGUAGUCCACUGGUCUCGUUGGAGGGCUCUUGGAGUGCUGAUUGUUGCCACAGUGCUGAUGGCCUGCUGCGCCGACCUCAGCACUGAGAACAUCGAGCCAAUUCUGAACAACUCCUCCAUCUCCCAGUACUUCAUCGGUGUCACAGUGUUGGCUAUGGUGCCUGAGCUUCCUGAGAUUGUCAACGGGAUCCUGUUUGCAGUGCAGAACAAUAUCAGCCUGAGUCUUGAAGUGGGCAGUUGUAUAGCUGUGCAGGUCUGCAUGAUUCAAAUUCCACUGCUCAUCCUCUUCAAUGCCUUCUAUGAUGUCGGAUUCGUGCUUGUGUUCAGUGACAUUCAUCUCUGGGCCAGCAUCUUCAGUGUCAUUUUGGUCAACUACAUCUUCAUGGAUGGAAAAUGUGACUAUUUUCAGGGCACGGCUCUGGUGGUGGUUUACCUCAUCCUUUUGUCGCUUUACUACUUCGCUCCACCGCCACGUUCUUGUUGA